UGUAAUGCGGAGUGGAGAACAAAGGCUUAUCGAUUACCCCCGCCAUGACAAGUUUACUAAUCGCCAUAUUGCAGAAGACUUGAUUGUUAUGAAUUAGGCUGGACUAUCGAUUUACCUCCUUGAGAUCAUAGAUAUUGGGUUACAAUGUCUGCGGGUCCGUACAAUUAUUCGUAUAUCUUCAAAUACAUCAUCAUUGGUGACAUGGGUGUGGGGAAGUCAUGUCUUCUCCACCAGUUCACAGAAAAGAAAUUUAUGGCAGAUUGUCCACACACAAUUGGUGUAGAAUUUGGUACUCGAAUCAUUGAAGUAGCGGGACAAAAGAUUAAGUUACAGAUAUGGGACACAGCAGGACAAGAACGCUUCAGAGCAGUAACAAGAUCGUAUUACCGAGGUGCUGCAGGAGCGUUAAUGGUGUAUGACAUCACUAGGAGAUCUACCUACAAUCAUCUUAGUUCUUGGUUGACAGAUGCACGCAAUCUUACCAAUCCUAAUACUGUAAUUUUCCUUAUUGGAAACAAGGCUGAUUUAGAUGCACAGAGAGAUGUUACAUAUGAAGAAGCUAAGCAGUUUGCUGAAGAGAAUGGCUUGAUGUUUGUUGAAGCGAGUGCGAAAACAGGUGAAAAUGUUGAAGAAGCUUUCUUGGAGACAGCAAAGAAGAUAUAUCAAAAUAUUCAAGAUGGCAGUUUGGACCUGAAUGCAGCAGAAUCAGGUGUACAGCACAAGCCAACACAGCCAGGUAGAACAAACCUGAGUAGUGAUGCGCAAUCCAAUCGUGAUAACUGCUCCUGCUAAACUUUGCUGUUAUUCUGGUCUUUGUGUGGUUUGUGUAGAUUUGCUGGACUAAAUAAAGGAUUUUGACUGAGGAGAAAACUUUUGUUGAUAUGAGAGAGAGCAAGGUAUUGUAUGUCAUUGAAGGAAUACCAAAACUUUUUUUGGUCUUUGGAUUUUUUUGUUUAUAUAUACAAUAUAUUGAAUAAGAUUUUGGACAUUUCAUAUAAAUCCAAGAACACUUUAUUAACAUACAGAUGCAUGUACUGUGUAGGAAAAUAUUGAUAGAAGGAUACUCAUUGAAAGUAAUUAACAAAUGGCUAAAAGUCAAAUGUUUUAUUGGGCAUACAUUUAUGACUAACAUUAGAUGUGCUCAUUGUUGUAAACAAGAUUGUGACCCUUUUAGAUGUUGUAAAAGAAAAAUUUAUGCAUUUAAAUGGGUAAAUAGUUCUUGAGCCUUUACACUGAUGAGAGUUGUGUAAAUGUCAUUUAGCCUAUGGAUUCUGGCAAAGUAAUAAAGUUUGGAAAUUAAUCACUAAAACAGAAAAGCAACGUAGAUUAGUGGAAGGGUCUAAUGUCAUCAAAAUAUGCUGUGCAAAAAAGAUUAACACAAGUAUAAGAAAUAUGCUGUUAAUAGACAUUAUCUUUUUAAAAGGCUUAUGUAAAGUGGAGAAAAAUAUUUUUAUAAUCUGAAUGGCUACAUAUCUUCAUGUACCAUAGCAUUUAAAAAUAGCAAAAAGGAGGGCAGUGAUAAAGUAGAUGUUCCAAUUUGAAAUUUACUGUAACCUAGUGGCAUCACAUAGAUGUGGAAAUAGAUGAUCAAACACCGGUUGGUAUUAAUAAUUAUUUGCCCUAAGGAAUUGUGGACAUUGCUUGGAAAUAAUUUAAUAUACUCUUAUUAAGUAAAUUUUUACUGUACGACAGUUCUGUACCAUAAUACAACCUACAGUAAUACUUUAACAUACCCGUCCCUUGCAAUUUACGGGGCUUAAGACUUGUUAACUUAACAUUAAGAAGGAUAGAGUUGCAUUCCCCCAGCAGGCACACAACCUUGCUUUGGCAUUUUAACUGAAAUAAUAAUGUACACCAGUAAUAAUGAACCUUGACUUGGCUGAAAAUGUAUACAGUACUUGCAACAUGAUACUGUCGUCUGAAUUAAUUCAAAUUUUUUAAUUGAGUUAUUUAUAAUUAGUUUAAUACAGUAUACAUAGGAUAUUUUCUACAGGAAUAGUUCAGGAAGAAUGUUUUUAAAUGGGCUUAUUUUUGGUUGAAGCACUUCAAGAAUGCUUUGGGAUUUCCUUAAUGGAAAAAUAUAAUACAUGUACAUAUAUUGUACUGCUUGAGCAAGUGUUUGAAGCAAAGAUUGUUGCCAAAACAGAACCAGCCUUUAAUUGUUUUAUAUAUUUUGGCACUUUCCCAUAAUGCCCACGCUGCACAAUAUCCCACACUAUACAAAGAUCACCCAUAAAUUCUCUUGACUAGCACCAUAACCUGAGCCCCUGCACUAGCUAUUCAAGCACAGAUUGCAAACCAGAGCUAGUAAACAAAGCUUGGUAUAGAAAAAUAUACUGUCCUGCAGAUGAACAAAUUACCCUUGAAAAUCCCAUGGAUUGCAAAUUGAAGAGUAUACAGAUACUGUACCUUAAAUUAGUUAACAAUGUAUUGCAAGAGUAUAAAUACCACAAUAUUUUUCUUGAAAUUGAGUGGUGGCAAAAUGUAUGCUGCAUUUAUGCAUGGCAACCAGAUACAGUAUAAUUUUUUUAAGAAUGACUACUAAACUAAAAUUUAAGAAUUUACUGUAUGAACAACUAAAAUUUAAUUGAUUUAUUGGAUGAACUACUGAAGUUUGAAGUCUUGUAAUUACCUAAUAGCUGUUCUUUUUAAGGAAAUUUAUACUUUAUUUUGGCUUGUGUCAGCUAAGACUUAACAGCAGAAUGUAAUUUUGUGUGCUAAUUUGUAAAUAUUGUAUAUCUACAAAACACUGUAUUUUAACUUUUUAGUCAUGUCUGUACUUCAUAAGUGACAAUUACAAUAUACUUAUUUGUUUUCAUAUUUUUCACAGCAAAAGAAUUUUUAUGAAAAUAACGAAUUUGUCAAAUUAGAAAAUAAACUGAUUGGAAUAUGGUUACAAUAAAAGUAUCUUGAUGUCUUUCACAGUAUUCUCCAGAAUUCCGAAGAGCACAUAAAUUACUUCUUAGACUAUCAUUAAAUUUUGAAAUCCUAUUUAAUGAGAGGACCCAUGUGGGUUUAGUGCUUAGUUAUGAUUAUAAUAUUUAAUAGACAUGAUGGGCAGAGUCCGUCCGAAGGUCAUCAGUCAACUGAAUUAAUAGAAGAAAUGUAGCAAUUGCCACCUAUUUUGUACCAGAGGUACUACUAUGUGGGUUAUAUAGGUUUAGCACUUCUUUUUUUUUUAUUAUAAUAUGUGGGUUAUAAACAUGAAUUCAUUUCUGUCCUGAGUAGUUAGUUAGCAUUAUCUCUAGUUACAGUAUCACAGCUCUUAAUUGUUUACCACCUUAUACCCUUUGGCUUAUCAGUUCAAAAACUACAAGGUAGUUGCAGUCACCCUAUUUGUAGCUGCAGGAGCAAAGCUAUGCUUAGGGGUGUUCUGUUUUUAUUGUAUAAUUUACUAUCAUGUAUACUUUUUAAAAUUCCAGUGGGUGUAGCACUAGUUACAGUGGAACUCCCGUAUCCGCGAUUUCAGUUAUUUGCUGUUUGCCAUGGCCCAAGAGUAACCCUUAAUGGCCUCAUAGCACAAAAGUAUGAGGGUAGAAGUUCUUCAAAGCCUAAGAGAAGCUGUGGAGUGCUUCCCAUCAGUGAAAAAGUGAUAAUUCUCCACUUAUUGUGCAUAAUUUAUUAAACUUUAUAAUAGGUAGGUAAAUGAAAAAUGACUUGUAUAUAGGGUUCGCUAUUAUCCGCAGUUUCAGCAUCCGCAGCAGGUCCUUGUAACGUGUCCCUGAUACUGGGGUCCUACUGUAUAUACUGCUUGUAUCGUAUUACUUUGUUCUACCGAGAGGCCACCAUUUUCUUUGUUUACAAGUGUGACCUCUAGCUCUCCCUGUCGAUGGUGCUAAGUCGUCUAUAUCUGUUCGUUUGCAUCGUUUAUGACCUUAUAAGUGGUUAUCAUGCCCCCUUUUUCCUCAUAACAGCAAAGAAGGGCAUGUGUGAAAUCUCAUUGACAAAAUCUGCCCUUUAUUAAGGGAUCUGUGUAACCCUUAGAUCAUAUUUUAUUGAAUAUUAGUGGAAUUAGAUUCCCUUAGAAAAAUGGUAUGAUGUUGGGGGUUAUAAAUUUGUUUUGUCAAUUUAUCUUAUUUAACGUGAAGUGUUAUGACUGCAAAUUGGAAUAAAUUUUGUAUAGGUGGCAA